UUGUCUCAUUACUAGUUUUUUCCCAUUUUGUAUUGAUUAUAUUUCCUCCUAAACAGUGAUGGGUCGAUUUUCUCUUGCUAUAUUUUAGGUGAGACAGCAGAGUCAAUGCAUGUAUCAGAGGGAUUUCGAAGGGUGAAGAGUCAUAGGGAGAGAGAAGAAGAAUGUUGCAUAGAGCAGCUAGGAAUGCAUAUUCAUGGUGGUGGGCUAGCCAUGUUAGAACGAAGCAGUCAAAAUGGCUGGACCAAAACCUACAAGAUAUGGAAGAAAAAGUGGAGUACGUACUUAAAAUCAUUGAAGAGGAAGCUGACACGUUUAAACAGCGGGCUGAAAUGUACUAUAGGAAGAGACCAGAGCUCGUAAACUUUGUUGAAGAUUCGGUCAGGAGAUACAGAGCUUUGGCUGAGAGAUAUGAUCAUUUGUCAAGAGAGCUGCAGAAUGCCAAUAAAACCAUUGCCUCUGUCUUCCCUGAAACUGUUGAUUUACCGAUGGAUGACGAUGAUUUUGAUGGACAAAACUUGCCUGUGGCAGCGAUGCCUCUUGAUAAAUUCAACAUCCUCUCCAACUCCAAGCAUCCACCUCCUGCCCCUGAGAUAAGUAUAGCAAAAAAUAGUAGUGUUAGAAAGAGAAAUGGCAAGAUGCCAACUAGACUAAUGUCAAGGAAGGGGUUGCUGAAGACUAAUGCUGAUGAUUCAGCAGCUGCCGGUCCGAUAUCAGGAUUGAACAAAUCUGAGGCAUUUCAAAAAAUUGACAAGAUUCAAAAGGAAAUUUUGGCCCUCAAACUGAAAAGGAGUUCGUGAAAAGCUCAUACGAGUCUGGGCUAGAAAAAUAUUGGAACAUUGAAAACCAGAUAAGUGGAAUGCAAACAGAGGUCAGCAACUUACAGGAU